CAAAAAUAAGUAUGGGACAGAAGCUCAGAAGAAGGGAGCUGCAUCCAGCAGAGCACUGUAGCUGGGUCUGGAGAGAUGGAGGAUGAGGUGUGCUUGUGCACUGCUCUGAAGUUCCUGAUUUUUUUCUACCAAUGUUUGCUCAUUACCAGGUUUACAGGAGAUGGAAAAGGCAUCUUCACUUGUAGGUGCACAUUUUCUUCCCAAGUGAUGUGUGAGAACCUAGGAAUGUUUGGGGUUAUUUUUAAUGCCAGUUUUUUUUAAUGUCAGUGUUACCAUUUGAAAGAGAGUGUGAGGGUGCUGGUUUUAUUCACUCAUCUCUCUGCACUUGCUUUUCAGAGUUGUCUUCCUUGGUGCCAUGCUCUACCUUUGAAGUCAGUUUGAACAGCAAAGAGAAGGGAGGAGCCGGGCGCCGUGGCGCAGGGCCGCCGCUCAUCGCUCAGCGGGGUGUGCUACCUGACCAUGGGCCUGCUCGUGCUGCUGCUGGGGCUGGUCUUUGCAUCGAUGUACGUCUACAGAUACUUCUUCAUCACCCAGGGGUACACUCCUGCUGUGUUUGCUGUAGCUGUUGGGGGUUGUGUUGUAGCCCUGCCUGGAUUGUGUUGUACCCCACAGCUGCCCCGUGAGAGCGUGUUCCACUGCGGUGUCCUGUACGAAGACUCGCUGUACUCGCCUUUCAAAGGGCAGCUGGAGCUGCAUGAGGAUGUCAAGAUCUACAUUGAAGAGAACUACGAGCAAAUCAAUGUCCCCGUGCCCCAGUUUGGGGGGAGCGACCCUGCGGACAUCAUCCACGAUUUCCAGCGAGGUCUGACAGCAUAUCACGACAUUACACUGGACAAGUGCUACGUCAUCGAGCUCAACACCACCAUCGUGAUGCCUCCUCGCAACCUGUGGGAGCUGCUGGUGAAUGUGAAGAAAGGGACAUACCUGCCUCAGACGUACAUAAUCCAGGAGGAGAUGAUUGCCACGGAGCACGUCAGUGACAUGGAGCAGCUGGGCUCCUUCAUCUACCGCCUGUGCAGCGGCAAGGAGACGUACCGGCUGCGGCGGCGCGGCGCCCGCCGGCGUAUCAGUCGACGUGAGGCUGGAAACUGUCAUCGCAUUCGUCACUUUGAAAACACUUUUGUGGUCGAAACUGUUAUCUGCCAAAAGUCAUGAAGCCACUCUCCAGAUGUAACCUUCCUUGGCUUUGCUUGCACACACAUGCUCUUAGCCCUCUCUUUAGACAUGGUAAUCUGGCUACUUUUUAUACUCCCCCCAGCUUGUGCAGCUCUAACCUCUGGGGUCCUUUGUGGCCUUUUCUUCCCUGCUACCUACCCAAGACAUUGGCUGGGCUUAAAUUUACACAGUGCUCAAAGAUAACUGGGGGGAGAUGCAGCUUCCUCCACACCACAGGAUGGAAAUCUCUUUUGGGAGCAGGCUUGGGUAGAAGGGAUGGCUGAGAAAUAGGAAUGCUGGAAAUAGGUGCUCUUUUCCUGGCUGAGCAAUUUCAUGGCACUGAGGCUGCCAUGGCACUGGGACAGAGGGUGUAUGCACAAGAGGAGGAUUUCCAUUUCGGGGCUGAUAUAAUUACAAGAUGCACUUAGGAAAGGAAUAGUUGUGAGGCUACAGACAGGGCAGGUUGAGAGCUCAGCAGAGGGAAGGAGGUGUCAGCAGCAGAACUGGUAGUUACUGGCAAGUCAAGAAGCAGGUUUUUCAAAUCUUUUAACACUGUGUAUUCUUGUGUAACUUCUCCAGUGAAAGCUGUUUUGAUAGUAAUCACUGUAAUCCAGCUGAGUAUCACAUUAUCUGCAGGCACCAGUGGAGUACAGAUACUGACACAAGGCAAGAUUCAGCUGAUCAAUAUACUGCAGAGAAAUUGUUUGAACAAAACUGCAUUUCUAUUGAUCAUCAGACAGAAGAAUUGCAGAGUAAUUAAAUAUUCUUCCCUCUGUUCCAUAAAUGUAGUUAAAACUAAUUAGGUUCUUGAAAUGCAGGCAGUUUUUUGGCUUGAAAGAAUGGGGUGAGUUUCAACUUGGCACAUUCUUGUUAAUUGGUUUCCAGCAAAUCUGGACCUGUUCACCAUCUGUUGAAAUGAACUUGUUGUUUUGGAAGAGGAAGGAUAAAGUAAAUGCAAGUACAAUCAUUAACUCAGCAGAACCAAAAUGCAAAGUUAAUAUAUUUUAAACUUCUGAGUGUUAAUUUUAUGAGUUAAUUAUGUGAAAACAAAACAGGAUCUCAGGAUGGUCAUGUAAUGCCACAGGAAUUAGUAUAUUGUUAGAGGCUGAGUAUUUAUUAUUUUAUAUAAACAUAGCUAUAAAUAUUAAUUUCUGUUAAAUAGAGAAGGACACUUUGGUUUCAUUCUGCUUUAAGCUUGAUGUAAAAUGAAGAAUUAGGUGCACUUCUUGCAGGUUGGUGUGGAAAGUUUCCCACUGCCAUAUGGGUAUUUUCUAGCAUUGUGUUUUCCCAGCAAUAACUUGCUGCUAGCCCCAGCCUUUAGUUGCCAAGAGGAUGACAAGAAGUGGGUCAGAGAAUUGGUUCACUUCAUGGAAGUAACUGGUAAAUUUAAGCCCUGCGUUUCUCUUCAUUUCUAGAAGCCUGAGCCUGCACUCAGGUGCCACACAGGCCUCUUGCCCUCCCCUCUGGUUCUGCAUGAUGUAACUGGUCAUUGGAUGUGCUAACUGUGCAGUCCCGCAGCUGUAAGGACAAACCUUGGUUCUUUGGGGUCAGCUCAUGUGGUCACUGUUCCAUAGGGUGAGAAUGCAGUUGUAGAAAGAAAAUAUAAGAUGCUUUGUAUAUUUUGUCUGGUGGGAAUCUUACUUCUUAGGAAAAACCCAUGGGAUAAUAAAGUCUUUUACCUCUGA